CCCCGGUACCCUCCCCUCGGGGUCUCGUUUGCAUUCAUCCACAUCCCUGCUGCCUGCUCCCUGCAAGCUGCCAGCCCCGCCCACGACAAAUACCAAAAACGUCGUAGGAAUAUCCAACUCGAGAGCCGGUAGAGCAAGCCUCAUCGUCCUCAUCCCUGCAAACUAAGACGCAGUCCAGCGAGGACCGUCCCCCAAGCCAAAGACUCAUCCCGCAAUGGAAGGCCCCGAGCUUUAUGACAAGGCUGGCACGCCCAUCCUGGGCAUCCAGGACUAUGCCCUUAUUGGUAACUUGCGUACCGCCGCGUGCGUGAGCUUGUCCGGCUCGAUCGAGUCCAUGUGCAUCCCGUACUUUGACUCGCCGAGUGUCUUUGCCCGUAUCGUCGACGCCGACAAGGGUGGCCACUUCUCCAUCACCCCCACCACCGCCUUCAAGCCGAAGCAGGUCUACCGCCCCAACUCGAACAUUCUCGUCAGCAAGUUCCUGUCGGAGGACUCGGUCGGCUCGGUGACCGACCUCCUCAUCCCCAAGGGUGCCAACGAGUCGGGCGCGCAGACGCGCUGCCCGCUCCCCUGGCUAAUCCGCAAGGUGGAGAGCUUGCACGGCAAGGUCAAGUUCCGCAUGGAGUGUGCCCCGGCCUUCAACUACUGUCUUGACAAGCACACUGCCGAGCUCGUUCACGACGACUCGGCCGCCACGGCUUGCACACACAACGUCAAGGCUCUGUUCAAGUCGCCCAACCUCAACCUCGACCUCCGCUACCUCUGCGCGUCUGAGGACCCCGAGGUCGACGAGCCCCACAUCACGCUCAAGGUCGAGCGCCUCAAGAACCGUAACCUGCUCGGCGACUCGAUCGUCUCCGAGUUUGAGCUCGAGGAGGGCCAGGUCGUCUACUUUGUGCUCCGCCAGAUUGAGAACGAGGAGACGGGAACCAACGACAACGACGCGCACCAGCUCCGUGCCAAUAUGCUCGGCAUCCCCAUCGACGAGAUCAGAGCCGCCGCUCACCUCCUCCGUCCCGCCCACAACCCCAUCGUCACCAAGCAGCUGCUCGACAACCUCAUGCGCGACACGCUCAAGUACUGGUACCACUGGAUCAGCAGGAGCACCUACCGUGGCCGCUGGCGCGAGGCUAUCCACCGCUCGGCGCUCACCCUCAAGAUGCUCGUCUUUGAGGAGACUGGUGCCAUUGUCGCGGCGCCGACCUUCUCCCUGCCCGAGUACAUUGGCGGUACUCGUAACUGGGACUACCGGUUCACCUGGGUGCGCGACACGAGUUUCACCAUCUACGCGCUUAUCCGCCUCGGCUUCACCGAGGAGGCCAACGCGUUCGUCAAGUUCAUCCUGGACCGCAUCAAGGACCGCAACUCUGACGGCUCGCUCCAGAUUGUGUACACGAUCCACGGUGGCAAGGACCUGCCCGAGGUCGAGCUCACGCACCUCGAGGGCCACAAGGGCUCGAGGCCGGUGCGUAUCGGCAACGGCGCCGUCGACCACCUCCAGCUCGACAUUUACGGCGAGCUUAUGGACUGCAUCUACCUGGCGCAGAAGUACAGCGCGCCGCUGAGCUGGGACAGCUGGGUUGCUGUGCGCACCGUGGUCGACUACGUCGUCGGCAUGGUCAACCACCCAGACCUGUCUAUCUGGGAGCCCCGUGGCGAGCACAAGAACUACACCUACUCCAAGGUGAUGAUGUGGGUCGCGCUCGACCGCGGUCUCCGCCUCGCCGAGAAGCGCUGCCUCCCGUGCCCGAACCGCAACAAGUGGCUCGAGACGCGCGACACGCUGUACACCAACAUCCAGGCCAACGCCUGGAACCCCGUGGGCAAGUUCUUUGGCCAGAGCUACGAGGAGAAGGACGUGCUCGACUCUGCCGUGCUCAUCAUGCCGCUCGUCUUCUUCAUCUCGGCUGCCGACCCGCGCUUCACGUCGACGCUCGACCGUAUCCUGCGCACGCCCAACAAGGGCGGUCUGACGAUCAACUCGAGCAUCUUCCGUUACGACGUGACCAAGUCAGACGACGGCGUUGGCGGCGAGGAGGGCGCCUUCUCGCUCUGCACCCUGUGGGGUAUCGAGGCGCUCACUCGUGCGGGCGUGUACAACAAGCACUACCUCGAGCGCGCCGUGGUCAUGUUCGAGGACUUUAUGCGCUUUGGCAACCACGUCGAGCUGUACUCUGAGGAGAUUAGCAGCGGUGGCGAGGGGCUCGGCAACACACCCCAGGCGUUCUCGCACGUCACGCUCAUCUCGGCCGCGUUCAACCUGAACCGCGCGCUGGGCUCGCGUGUGUAA